AUGGACCUGCGUCGCUGGUCGGACAGAAAGACUCUCCGUGGCCUUCGCUGGUUGCUGCGAGCAGUUUAUCUGGAUUACCCCGAGCUGUGCACUCGUGUAGCUCAAGACAGCAGGAGGCCUCUAGAACCAAGAGAGCAGGAAAAGACCUGGAAAUCAGAGAAAGUUCGCAAGAAAACCAAGGGAGAAAGAAUGCGAUCCAGCAAGUCAGACCUUCGCCAGGUUCAUCGGCCAAAAGAAAAGGAGAAGAAGACAAAGAGUGAAGGAAAGCUGCAGCCCAUUAGAAACAUGCUGCAAAAGGAAGCCACUCUGAAAAAGACGCUCAAGACAAAGAAGAAGAAAAAGCCGGUUACGGUCAAGAAAGGUGAAAAAGAUCAAGAUGAAGGAAAUGAACAUGAAGGUGAAGAGGAGGGUGAUGGCAAUGAAGGAGAGCAAGAAAACACUGGUCACAGAGAAAGAGCCAGCAGUGCUCUGAUCCCCCCGAAAAACGUCAAACCGAAGCGCAAAAAAAAAGUGAAAGAGGAGACUCCAGACGUGCCAGAAUCACCAAGCAACGACGAGAAGCCGCUUAAAGCUAAAGGGGAAAAGAAGAAGAAGAAGAGAGUUGUCAAAGUAAAAAGGAAGAACAAGAUCAACACGGAGGAAAUGUCUGGAGCUUACAAUCAACCUGUGGACCUGUCUGCAACCUUUGAUCUUUACCGAAAAGCAAUACAGGCUCUGAAGGAACGUCAGGAUCAGGGACAGUGAGAGAGUCCUGCG